AUGGCAUCGAUAAAUUAUAUGAAAAGUUAUUCAAAUCAAAAACAGUCAAUAAAACAAGAUAAAAAUCAUCUAAGUAAAGAUAAUAGUGGCGAAAAAAUUGAACCAUGGCGUGAAAAAAUUAUGCAGAUGGAACGAGAUUACAAAAAAACUGCAUGCGAUAGAGAGCGCCUGCGAAUGAGAGAUAUGAAUCGUGCAUUUGAAUGCUUGCGACAACGAUUACCAAUAAAUAAACCAGCUGGGAAGAAAAUUUCUAAGAUAGAAUCAUUAAGAAUUGCCAUAAAAUAUAUUCGACAUUUAGAAAAUAUGUUAGAACAAACGUCAACAGAGGUUCCAAUUCCAGCACCUCCACAUUAUGUACCAUAUGAAUACACUUCUUCGCAACGUGAUCAACAAUCAGAACAACAAGUAUCUCAUAUUAUUACUAAUAAUAAUAAUUUUCAUUAUCGUUCAUAUCAUUAUAAUAGUACUGCAAAUAAUACCACACAUGGUAUGAUUAAUGGUGGUAGUUUACAUCAGCACACAUCACCAAUCAACAAUAAUAAUAACAAUUAUUAUUAUAAUUACCGUUAUUAUAAUUCUGAACAUCAGCAACAACAACAACAACAACAACAACAGGAACAAGAACAAGAACAAAACGAUGAAUUUAGGAGUAACAAUGAUGAUAAUAUUAUGUAUAAUACAACAAUUGUAUCACCAUUAAGCUAUUUAUUUCUACCGGCAUCGGACAAAUAGCAUGUACAUUUAUGCAAUGCUUAGCGAAAUGUCGUUUAAGUAGGCCCGUUGUAUUUUUUUCUUUUUAACUUUCCAUUCCUAUUUUUGCAUAAAAUAAAAGGUUAAACAAGUUAUGAAAACAAACAAUUGACUGAGUUAAUUGUUGAAAUGUAUAGGCAGUGGCAAUCGAUUGUUUUUUUUUACGACAUGAGAGUAAGACAAGAUAGCCCCUCUUAACACGCAAUGUAAUAAGAUUGUCUUUCUUCUCA